CCAGUACCCUGAAGGAUCUCAUUCGUAGCGGCUCAAAUCCACCGAUGGCAACGGCAGAGCAGCCAUUCGGACGGUCUACAGCCUCCUUCUACUCCAUCCUUGGAGUCUCCAGUCAUGCAUCCGCCGCCGAGAUACGCGCAGCUUAUCGUAUGCUUGCAAUGAAAUGGCACCCUGAUCGGUGCGCUAGAGAGCGGGUUCACGAGGCUAAUGGGCGGUUCCAGCAAAUUCAAGAAGCUUACGAAGUUUUAUCCGACGAAAGAAGGCGAGCUCUAUAUGAUGCUGGGCUUUAUGAUUGCGAACAAGAUGGAGGAGUAGAGGACGUUGAGGGUUUUUGGGAUUUCGUUGAGGAGAUGGUACAGCUGAUGGCGGAAGUAAAGAACAAGCAGGAGGAAUGCACAAUGGAGGAGCUACAGCGAAUGCUGUUGGAGAUGUCUGAAGGUUUUUCCGCUCCUUCAAUGCAAAUGUUUCAACCGUCGGUAUCUGUAUCUGCUUCAAGGGUGGAUGACAGAGCCAGGCAGGCUAGGUGGCGAUCAGGAGGCGGCGGGUGCACGUCGGUGUGGUUGAGUUAAGAAUUAAUUGGCGUUGUCUGAUCGCUAAUCAUUUUCUGGACCGAAAAAUUGUAUAUAUGUGAGGGGCUUUGGGUAUGCUAUUUGUAAAUAGUUUUUGGUUUGGGUUGUAGUUUGGUGCAAGGCUUCUGUUUAGGUUGCCACUCACUGGGCAAAAACGAGACCUGUUUUUUCUUAAUCAGGAUUUCAAUGCUUUUUUAUUUUAUAUUUUUGGAAAUUUUGAGUGGGCAUACUGCGAAUACUGUUACGCAAGAGCUUUUAUUUGAAAUCUUUGAUUUGUUAUCAAAGUUCUUCCUUUUGAUUA